GUCAUUAUUGAACGAGUCUCUGCGAAGGUACCACUUCUUUCCGGAGGAGCGCAACGGGUUACAUCUCCGAUCAACGAACGGCGAUCGGUGGAAAAAGCCGCCGCCACUCGACUUCAAGACGUCGGAGAGCGGAGACGGCUGUCGCCCGAUCUAGUAACCCCAUCAGCACAAUCGCUGUCGUCAUCGUCGUCUUCAGCUAGUCCCAGCCCAGCGCCUGCAAAGAGUCCGAGCCCUGCUAGUAAAAGCCCUAGUCCAGAAGAUUCAACUACCACGGAAAGCUCUAUAUUGGAACGAGCUGAAGAGCGUUCGGUUCCGACAUCGGUAAGCGGUGGACUCCACACAAAGUCGGAGCGACAGCCAAGCGGCUACCUCGUCGAAAGACUUACAGCUGGUGCCGUUGUGGAACGACCUCAAAGUGUAGUUCAACCACAGAAAUCACAAGAAAUCUCAUCCCAAUCAAAGCAUAUUGCAUACCCGGUGAGCCAUUCACGAAGGCUUAGAUUUUAUUCCCAUUUUCUUCAUAUAUUAUAA